AUGAAGAGAAUCGAAGAUACUUCCGUGGACGUGUUUGUGACGAUCCUUCGCUGGGAUUCAAUUCGGGUGAUCCGUACAAUGAUUCGCGAAGGUUGUGAGGACAGUGAUCCAAUACAUGUCCUGGAUCUGAAUUCUGAUGCAGUUGAGAAGAUUGUCAUGGCAGAGAGCUUCGAUUGGCUAGUGGCUGCAGAUGUGUUUAGUGAAAAGAACCUUCUUGAGAAAGUUCCGGAGAGACAACAAUCAAACUCUGUAAGCAACAGGUUUUAG